AUGAUAAGCCUGUUAAAGGUUGGACUUCUGCCGAUUGUUCGACCCCGAUUUGCCGCUACGACUGCAAUGGCCAUGGGAAAUGUGUAUCGAGAGAUGAAUGCGAAUGCCAUGAAGGAUGGAGCGGACUGUUCUAUCUGUCGAGGACCAGUGUGUCAAACAUGUGAUUUUGACUGCGUGCAUGGAAUAUGUGAGCGCGAAACCAGAACGUGCUCCUGCGCCCGUGGCUGGUCAGGAGCUGCAUGCGACAUUUGUCGAUCGGCCAACUGUCAGGUAAAAAGCAGCGUGCUGUACAUUUUACCGUCGACGGCCGACCGUGAGGAUAUCAACAUCGUCGUGAAUGUUUUUGGUGUUGAGUUUCCCAAAACCCCCUCCCAACUGUACACGUGCAUUUUUGGCGCUUCGUAUGCUGAAGGGCGACGUAUCAGUUCUUCAGUGGUCAGAUGUCAUGUGCCUAAGGAUCUGAGCAUUGGUCGUCAUUUGUUUAAUCUGGCUCCAGAAGGCUCGAUAUCCGUGAUUCCUAAUUUUGACGUUCGUCCGAUUCACUUCACUGUGUUUGACUCAUGCUCAGCAGCUCUGUGUAAAGGAGUUUGUAUUGGGCCACUUUGUGUUUGCCCCAAAGGUACUACCGGAAUAAACUGCGAAAUUAUUGGGCCUUCAAUCCGUACUUCCUGCAGUGUAGUUCCUUUCAGAAAUCGUAUACCGACGAUCGAUCGGCGCUUCAUAGAAAACCAAAAUGCCGGCGUGGCUAGUGAAGGCACACCGUACAUAGUUGUCUUACCCACAAUGUCCAAUAAUUUAUUCGCAGCCAUCCGGUCGCAUACAAACGUAGUGAAUUCGAACAUGACCGACCUACGAUUCGACCUGACCCGAGGAAUUAUUGAAUGGAAAGAGCCAAUAGGAUCUGCCCAUCCGUACUUAAUCACAGUCAACUCGAAUUCGUUGUCUGGUAGUAGCAGUAUUUCAUGGAACGUUACGGUAGAACCGUCAUAUAUCGCUGAAGUGACUGCAGUUGAUAAUCAAACUGGAUCGAAUACGCUGAGAAUCAUUGGAAAACCUGCCUGCAAGCUUGACACUGUGCAUUCGGGCAGUUUUGGACUCGCGAGAGAAACUGUGCAACAAGGAAACUUCUCAGCUCCUGUCACAUUAUGGAUAAAGCGAAGGGACGACGAAGAACCCAGGCAAGUCUCUGUGAAGUCUAGUGGUGACACGUUCGUUUACGAUUUCAUCCCCGAUCGAGAUGGAAGGUAUAAAGUGGUAGCGUCACAUCCUGGACUGUCACCCAUUUCCGAUGGGAUCGCUUUCGAUGUUCCGCCACUGCAAUUUCCGAUUGACGCAAGCGCCACUGGCGGCGUUGUGAGAAAUGUUGAUCAAUGCGAUGCCGUGAUGAUUCGGCCAUCUAACGGAACCGUAACCAUUCAAAAAGUG